AAAGUGCAUUUUACGGCCUCAGAGUAUGGCCUUUAUAUUAUAAAGGCUCUGUCAGAUUCUGAACUAGAGUCUUUUAGUGAAUUAAAUCAUUUUUGUAUUUGGUUUUUUAUAACUAAUUUAUACAAAAAUGGAAGAGGAACCAAAUAAGUUUGUUCGAUUUAUAAAGUCUGUAUACGACAUAAUAGAUAAACCGGUUGUCUAUUUCCGAGAAAAUAUCGUCGUUGCGAAUCAGAAGAAAUAUCCGUGGUACCAUCAACAAUUUCGUCGUGUUCCAACAAUUGAUGAAUGCUAUGAACUUGAUAUGGCUUGUCGUGUUGAAGCAGAACUUCAAUUUCAGCGUGAUUGGUUGGUUGACCAGGAGAUUCUGUAUGUAACAAGACUACGUCAAGAAGAUUGUUUCAUGGAAAAUCCUGAAAAUCAUGAGCUUUGUGAUGAAAUAGUUAAAACACACCAAGAUGCUCUUACAGCAUACCAAGUAAAAUAUGGUGACCUUGGUAUCAAGUGUAACGCAAUUAAUGCAUUCAUGAAACAAAAGCAUCGUAUGAUCUGGGAACGACGACACGGCCCAGUUGGUACUGGAACGAAGUUUUAAACUUCUGCUCCAGAUAAUAUUAAACUAUGUAGAUUAUUAAUUAAUGUAAAAAUGUAUCUUAUGCCCAGG